AUGGAUAUUGCAUUCCCAGAAGAUGAGCUGAGGCCGGUAUCCUGUACACCCCUCACCCGAGACGCCCAAAACCCCCGACAUUUCGAACUAAACGAUGCACUCGGAAACUAUUCUCUCACUUUAAUUGACAGUCUCUCGACUCUCGCAAUUUUGGCAUCCGCCCCUCCAGAUAAAGAAGAAACCGGCGCAACAGCACUUGAGGAUUUCCAACACGGGGUAGCUUCCCUAGUAUUACAAUAUGGCGAUGGGACAAGUGGAGCGUCCGGGGAAGGACUACGUGCUCGAGGUUUUGACCUGGACAGCAAGGUACAAAUUUUUGAGACCGUCAUCAGAGGUGUGGGCGGGCUAUUGAGUGCUCAUGAAUUUGCCGUUGGAAUUUUGCCAAUAAAUGGUUACAAACCACAAGCUAGCAGAUCUAAAUCGAGGAGCUCGAAGACACAUGUACCUGAAAUUUUGUGGCCCAAUGGGUUUAAAUAUGAUGGACAACUUUUGCGCCUAGCUCUGGACUUAGCUGAGCGACUUCUUCCCGCUUUUUACACCGCGACCGGUAUGCCGUAUCCAAGAGUCAAUUUACGACAUGGGAUACCAUUUUAUGUGAAUUCGCCUUUACAUGAAGGAUCUGAUCUUGGUGACUUUAUGGAGAGAGGCGUGCCUGAGAUUACUGAAACAUGUAGCGCAGGAGCAGGUAGUCUGGUGUUGGAGUUUACUACUUUGAGCCGCCUCACUGGAGAUCCAAGAUUUGAGCAACUGGCAAAGCGAGCGUUUUGGGCGGUAUGGAAUAGGCGAAGUAACAUUGGACUCAUUGGAGCAGGGAUUGAUGCAGAGAAUGGUCAAUGGAUUGGGUCAUAUGCCGGGAUAGGCGCCGGUACUGAUAGUUUCUUUGAAUACGCAUUCAAGACCCACGUCCUGCUGUCUGGACAUGGCACUCCCAAUGUAACGACACAUAGACAUCAAAAUCAUGAUUCAUGGUUGGAUCCAAACACAAUCUAUAACGAACUGAGUGCUGAAGAAAACUCACCAGAAGCUUUUCUUGCGGUGUGGCACGAAGCUCAUACAGCAAUCAGAAGACAUCUAUACAGUUCUACCCACCACCCACAUUACGUUAAUGUUCACCUUGUCACAGGCUCGCCUCAGGCAUUCUGGAUUGAUAGUCUUGGAGCUUACUAUCCUGGUUUACUGACGCUAGCUGGUGAGGUUGAGGAAGCGAUCGAAACUAGUCUACUGUACACUGCAUUAUGGACGAGGUACGCAGCUCUUCCUGAAAGAUGGUCAGUACGCGACGGACACAUAGAGGGAGGACUAGGUUGGUGGCCUGGGCGUCCUGAGUUCAUCGAAUCGAAUUACCACCUUUAUCGAGCGACAAGAGAUCCCUGGUAUCUUCACGUUGGCGAGAUGGUUUUGGAGGAUAUUAAACGGAGAUGUUGGGCAACAUGCGGUUGGUCAGGUUUACAAGAUGUGCGUACCGGAGAAAAGAGUGAUCGAAUGGAAAGCUUCUUUCUUGGGGAAACAGCCAAAUAUCUUUAUCUUCUUUUUGAUCCAGAUCAUCCGAUGAACGAUCUUGAUGCUGCUUACGUCUUCACGACUGAGGGACACCCUCUUGUCCUACCUCGAACGGACUCCGGGCCGCCCGUUGCAUCCCGUGGGCCUAUUGCUAAAAAAGCGGUACAAUCAAAUGUAGCUCUUCGAGAUACUUGCCCUGUACCGCCACCACCACUGCCUUUUACCGUCUCCUCUACAGCUGCUAGGACGGAUAUAUUCCAUGCAUCAAGUCUUAUAGGUUUACACAUGAUUCCUAAUCACCACACCACAAUAGAUAAUGAGAAUAUCAAGGUCAACAAUCACACAUACUUCCCAUGGACUUUGCCAACCUCAAUGAUGCCAGUUAAUGGUACUUGCGAUCGUCUUCCGAUAAGUACUACUUUUACGAUUGAAUUUCCCAACAAUAAUGCUUUGAGCACCCAGUCGGUCAAAAAUGGGUUUAACAUUGUCUUUAACAUUCCUCAAAGUCUUGAUCGUACAAUUGAUGGCAGUAUAUUGGUCAAGAGUUUGUCUGGUCUGAAGAUGGGCAUGAUACAUGAAAGCCAAUCGCGUUCUUCUGGAGUUAAUGAAAAGGCCUUGGAAUCGUGGAGAGUAGGUAGUAUUGCGAACAUACCUUUGGGAAGAGAUGAGCAGGUAUUGAUACCGCGAGAUGUGAUAGGGGAUCUGUCAGAUCCUUCAUUCUCACGCAUAAGAAACCCAGUCAUGCUUGACAUAGUCAUACAACUUGAGCAGGUUCAUGAUCAAAACCAAAAUAUAUCGGAAAGUGUCGAAGAAUACUUCGAGGAAGAUCAAUUAUACGACGAUACCCCCAACAUUGCUUUGGAAGAAUCAAUUAGCAAUGCAGGGCUAGCAGAAUACAGAACCUUGUUAAAUUCCCUCCUCCAACAAGUAACAUCUGCCCUGCGCGAUCCAGCCGCUACUCUACUUCCACAGCCCCAAGCUCCUCCCGCUUAUACAUAUGUCACCCUUCCGGCUGUUCUACCCACAGGCAAAGGUGCUCAUCUCCUUAUCAAUGCACCGGAAGCCCCAGAUCUCUUGUCCGCCAAGACAUCUUCCGCCACUCUUUCUUUCACGAGUAUCUUCUUCGCUGAUGAAGCUUGUAACGGGAGGCUGCCGGACGAAGCAGUUAAACAGCAUCAUGUUAUAAUUAUGAAACGUGGCGGUUGUACUUUUUCGGAAAAGCUAUCCAAUAUCCCCAGCUAUACCCCCACAUCUAAAGGCCUCAAGUUAGUCAUCGUGGUUUCGGACGACAUGGAUGAUAUAGAACCUGGCGAGGAGAAUAUGGGAGGUCAAGGAGGCUCAGUGAACGGAGAGCGCAACCUGGUUAGACCAUUAUUGGAUCAACCGCAACUAACUCCGAGCGGUCUUUUGAGACAUCACCAGGUCAGCAUGGUAAUGAUUGGAGGAGGUGACGAAGCCAUCGAGGCUUUAAUGAAGGCCAAGAGUAUUGGUAUCAGACGAAGAUACCAUGUAGAAAGCCAAGGACUAUUGGUUAGCAAUAUUUUUGUAGUUUGA